CUGUUAAUUCUCAGUCGUUGUUCAGACGUGUAUCCUUAACCACGUUGCCCUGUUUCUCGCGUUAUUGUGCGGUUGUUUGAAACAUAUUCUUAUUUUAUACUAAUCCUAAUGGCUAAAUACGUGAAUUACAGUGAUUUUCUAUCUCCAAAUUAGUUUUUGUUGUGAUUUGAAAGACAUUGGACAAUAACUUCAUAUUUGAAGAUAUAUUCGUUUAAAAUUCAACUUGGCGACAGCAUACAUGCAUCACUAUUUGAACGAGCUCUUACAAAAAAUGACAAUUACAUUGAAGUAUCGAGUCAACCCUAUUUAUUAUUCAGAUUACUCGGAUACGAUUUAGGCUCGCACCUGAAAUUAUUUCAGCUAAAACGUACGCUCUGCCAUUGGCUAUAUAAUUUCGAAUACUAUAAAUACGGUGUAUAUCCGAAAGACAUAACCUGAUAUUUGGUGUCUGAUUAACUAAGAGGCAUUUAUUUUAAGAAAAUGGACAUCGUGGCUAAUUACCACCCUGUCUUCAAAGCGUUCCUCGCUGGCUCGUUUUCGGGGACUUUCAGCACGAUUCUCUUUCAACCACUGGACCUGGUGAAGACGAGACUUCAAAACUCGAGUCAGCAUGUUGUUGCGGCGACAGUCAACGGCCGAAUCCAACCCGGCAUGAUUACGAUAUUCGUAAACAUCAUACGCCAAGAGCACAUAGCUGGUCUAUGGAGAGGCAUGGUGCCGUCCAUAGCUCGUUGUGUACCGGGCGUUGGCUUGUAUUUCUCAUCAUUACAUUGGCUCAAGUCUAAAAUGGGCAAGAAUAGGCAAGACUUGGGAGCUUUGGAGGCUAUCGCUCUGGGAGUCGUUGCGCGAUCAAUGAGUGGAAUUGCAUUAAUACCUAUCACUGUUAUUAAAACUAGGUACGAGUCAGGAGUUUACAAAUAUAAUAGUCUAACCGGUGCCUUAAAAGCCAUUUAUAAAGCGGAAGGUUUCCGUGGUUUGUCUUGCGGAUUGGGUCCGACACUGGCGAGGGACGCGCCCUUCUCGGGACUAUACCUCAUGUUCUACACACAGACGAAAAAAGUUGUACCCAAAGAAUACCUACAAUCUCCAGCGUCAGCGAGUGUGGUACAUUUCUCUUGCGGUAUAAUAGCGGGUAUAGCGGCUUCGCUCGCUACAAAUCCGGCGGACGUCUUGAAGACCAAAAUGCAACUGUACCCGGACAAAUUUCCGAACGCAUUCAGCGCGGCGAUGUAUGUGCAUCAGACUUAUGGGGUCCGAGGCUAUUUCAAAGGGGCAGUUCCGAGGAUGUUACGAAGAACCCUAAUGGCGGCGACGGCUUGGACAGUGUUCGAAGAAAUAACUCGAUCUAUUGGCUUGAAAUAAGUUAUUGUUUUUUUUUUAUUUCGUUUUUAAACUACUCUUUUUGGGUAUUUUUACUUAUUGUUCCUUGUUAAUGGUAUCAGUUAUCUACGUUUUGUAGCAAUUAUUUAUAGUUUUCUAUAGAAUAAGAUAAUAUUUUUUUUUAUUGUAUUGAAGUAAAUAGUUCAUAUUUAUAAGCCAAUAGGUAGUUACGUAUAAUUGUUCAAAUUUUUUAAUUAGUAUAGUAGAGAUAAUGUGAUAUUGUUGUUUAU